CCUCAUGGCUCCUCCUGGUUUCUCCCGGAGAUUACUUCUGGCGGCGACUCUGUUUCCCAUUAUCUUCCUCUUCCACUCUUCUUCAGCUCGCAAGGUUCGAACACCCAUUUCGUUUCUUUUCCUUUUUUCCAGACUCUGGGAUUUUCAGCUGCAUUUGUUUGGGCUUCUCUGUUUUUGCAGGAGGGUGGGACGUGUCUUUUUAAUGGUAACUGCGACGCCGGCUUGCAUUGCCAGACUUGCAUUGCCAACGGCAAUAUCCGGCCGCGUUGCACUCGAAUCCAGCCGAUCAGUCCAAUUUCAAAGGUCUGUGUUGAAAAUGAAAAGCUCUGAUAACACGUUCUAAUACUAUGUUUUAAGGACUUUUAUCCAACUUAUGUUUCUCAUUCUUAACACGAUAUCAGAGCUUAUCACAGCUUUUCAUUCUUAACCGGAUGUAGCUAUAAUGAUUCGGGUUAUUUUUGAACUUUUGGAGCAGGUGAAUGAUCUUCCAUUUAAUAAAUACACAUGGUUGACGACCCACAAUUCAUUCGCCAUAUUAGGGGCGAAGUCUGAAACUGGGACUCCGAUUCUUGCUCCUACCAAUCAACAGGGCUCCAUUACUAGCCAGCUCAAUAAUGGAGUCAGAGGAUUUAUGCUUGACACGUAUGACUUUCGAAACGAUAUAUGGUUAUGUCACUCAUUCGAAGGCCAAUGCCACGACUUUACAGCUUUCCAACCAGCCAUUGAGGUUCUGAAAGAGUUCCAAGCAUUUCUUGGAGCAAACCCUUCUGAAAUCGUCACCAUUAUCAUCGAAGACUAUGUCACGGCACCAAACGGACUAACUAAUGUGUUUGCUGCUGCUGGUCUGAAACAAUUCUGGUUCCCAGUAUCAAGUAUGCCUAAGAAUGGUGGAGAUUGGCCCACUGUUAGUGACAUGAUCCAGAAAAACCAACGCUUGCUUGUUUUUACUUCCAAAGCAGCAAAAGAAGCCUCUGACGGAAUUGCAUACGUAUGGAAUUACAUGGUAGAGAACCAAUAUGGCGAUGAAGGAAUGAAAGCAGGUUCGUGCCCAAACCGAGGAGAAUCAACACCGAUGAACACAAUUUCAAGGUCACUCGUAAUCGUAAAUUUCUUCAGAAGUGCUUCAAAUUUCCCUGCAGCUUGCAGGGACAACUCAGCACCAUUACUCAACAUGGUGAACACUUGCUAUAAUGCAGCAGGAAAAAGAUGGCCUAACUUCAUUGCUGUUGACUUCUACAAGAGAAGUGACGGGGGAGGAGCUCCAGAAGCCGUUGAUGUAUCGAACGGUCAGUCUAUUUGUGGAUGUCCAACCAUUUCCAAUUGCAAGGGAAAUAUGACAUUUGGGGCUUGUGAGUAACCUGAGGCGAUUGGUGCAGCCAUAGAAAUGGAAACAGUUGUGGUGAAUCAAAUUGCAGAUGAGCUCAAUUGUUUGGUUUGAUAGGCGCACUACUUGCAGCAUAAGCAGUCAUUCUCCUCUCACUCGGGAAUUUCAUGAGUAGCAUCUCUAUUUAAAGUCAGUAUUGUAUUUGAUUGUGUUUUAAAGUGUGUAAAUCCCAACUCCUUAUACUAGGGCUGUAUGGAAUCUCAGCGAACGAGAGAAUUCCAUUCAUAACCUAAUUUAAGGGAUCUUUCAAUCACUUUUUCAUUUCCAUCAAGAACAGUUUAUGAAACUUAUAGAAUCCCGAAUUUAGAGUAUCCUACUUUCAUGCAAUUUACAGGAAUGAACAAGAAAUCAAUAUUUCAGUACUAUUUCUUGUAAUGAUCUUAAAUAUCAUAUUAACAAUCCAUUCAGGUUGUUUUCAAACUUAUCUCAGAGGAUUUGAACCUAUCGAAAAGGAAAGCUGGCCAUGAUCGAGCCGAGGCAUACCAGGA